AUCCUGCAAAGGCUCCAAGUCUCUUCGAAGUUACUAUAGCUGCUUACGAAACAAUUACAAUGGACUUAGAAAGACAUGUUAAACAUGAUGCAGAAAAGUUUAAAGAUCGUCAAUAUGCUUUAUUUACUGGUGUACAAAUACAUGGACCAAAUGGAACAGAUUAUUGUUGGUUAGGAAAAGCAAGUUUAUUAAUCAAAGGAGAGCUUUCACCACUUGUUCUUUCGGCAAAUCCUACUUCACAAGUACAAACUGGAUCAUCAACCAAGUCACACUGA